AUGAAGCCGUGUGGGCCCCGGUCUCCAGCAGCAGGGGCCUCGGACUGGCCCCUGAACCAGACUGAGAGCAGUCUGUGUGCGGCCCGAGAACUCGCACACGGACAGGAGCUGCUGCGUGAUAGAUCUGAGUUCACUUUCACCACCACCACCACACUGAGCCUGGACGGCUCUGUCAGAGCUCUGUCCCUGCUCCAUAAUUGUCUGAAGGACACAGCGGCGGAGGGGAGGGAGGGUCUGGGUAUUUUUGGGAAUGACGGAUGA